GAACUCUAUAUCGGAUUGGUCUUGGGAAGCAUUUCUCGCUUCAUUCAAUGGCCUCCGCAUUCAAUAAACCUUUCAAACCGCCACUUUUGAAACAUAGGGCCCUAGAUGAUGGUGCUGGAAAUGACCAACACGUCGCAAAGAGGCGACGCGUCGAGCCCGAUUCGACAAAGAUCAAGGAAGAGAAAGUCACGAAGGCAUCCGUUUCCUUCACAGCUUACCGAAGGCCUCUUUUGGCGGUCACCAGCCAACCAAACGCAGCGAGUUCCUUACAACCCACUCCUCAGCAAGAGGCAGAAAAUUAUUACCAGGUCCUGUGGAGGAAGUUUACAACCAAGAAGCACAAGACAUGGGAUGGAGAUGGAGUACUCGUCGUCAGCAGAGGAUAUGCGUACCUUUACGACGAGUCGGGGAAAGAGCUGGGCAAGUCGGCCUGCUCCAAGCCGCUAUUUUCAGGCUCAGCGUUGUCGAUUGGUGGCAAAGAGAUCGAAGUCGACUCCAUGAUGACGAAGGAGAAUUACCUGUCCGGACGCCAAUACCUUGCCUCGAGACCAGCGGUAGAGAUCGCUCCCGUACGCAAAGCUCGCAAGGAAAAAGUAGAAAACCUCCCAAUUUCCACGAACGCUCAAGAUUUCUUGCCGAAUGCAGCGUCGAGGAAGCCUCUCCCAAAGACGAAAUUCAAAAAUCCAGCAGCGAAAUCCUCCACAUCGUCCGAGCCGAGUCGAGCUCUCCCAGCGCCGGUUCCUCGUCACGAUCCAACUCUACCAGGGGCCCUUGUCAUGAAGAGGCCAACGAGCGUUCCAAAGGGGAAGCAGGUGGUCGAUGUUGUCGUCGAUCCGUUCAUUUGCAAGCAUCUAAGAGAUCAUCAACGGGAAGGAGUCAAGUUCUUGUACGAAUGUGUCAUGGGCCUAAGACCUUUUGAUGGCCAAGGGGCGAUUCUUGCCGAUGAGAUGGGCUUAGGGAAGACGCUUCAGACCAUCGCGCUACUCUGGACAUUGUUGAAGCAGAACCCGAUCGAUGGAUCUCCUCCAGUCAUCAAGAAAGCGCUGAUCGUCUGCCCCGUCACUUUGAUCAACAACUGGAGAAAGGAGUUUCGCAAAUGGCUUGGAAAUGAACGGAUCGGCGUGUUCGUUGCCGACGAAAAACACACGAGAUUGACCGACUUCACUAUGGGAAAGAGUUAUAGCAUCAUGAUUGUGGGCUAUGAGAAGCUUCGAACAAUCGCUGAAGACCUUCAGAAAGGAGUCGGAGUCGACAUUGUGAUCGCAGAUGAGGGUCAUCGACUCAAGACGGCGCAGAACAAAUCCGCAAUCGCGAUUCGAUCUCUCAACACGGACCGCCGUGUCAUUCUAUCGGGGACUCCAAUACAGAACGAUUUGAGUGAAUUCUUCGUCAUGGUGGAUUUUAUCAACCCUGGGCUUUUGGGCAAGUAUUCGACAUUCAAGAGAGAAUUCGAGAAUCCAAUCAUCAAGGCCAGACAGCCAGAAUGUUCAUCCAAAGAGUCUGAAAAGGGCGACGCGAGAAGCGAGGAACUCUCUUCCCUUACUAACCUAUUCAUCUUGCGUCGCACGGCGGAGAUCUUAGCCAAAUAUCUUCCUCCUAAAACCGAACACAUCCUCUUCUGCCAACCAACAAAAGCGCAGACCGCCGUCUACCGAAGCGUUCUCUCCUCACCACUGUUCUCUUCUGUUCUUAGCUCAUCGGAGAAUGCCUUCCAGCUCAUCACUAUCCUCAAGAAGGUCUGCAAUUCGCCAUCGCUACUCAGUCUUAAAGCGGAUGACGAGCGUCCAACUGGUCUAGUCGGAGAACUGUUGACACAGAUCCCAAACGCUCUCCUAAAAACUCCCGGGGCAAGUGGAAAACUUCAGGUUCUGGAUAAUCUACUGCACCAGCUGUGGACGAACACGGAUGAUAAGGUCGUCGUCGUAUCCAACUAUACCACGACGCUCGACAUACUUGGGAAUCUUAUGGCCUCCCUUUCUUACCCUUUUCUCCGUCUUGAUGGAUCCACGCCUCCACCAAAGCGACAAGGUCUGGUUGACAAAUUCAAUCGCACCGAUCAGAAAUCCGGCUUCGUAUUUCUCCUCUCUGCAAAAGCUGGGGGCGUGGGUCUCAACCUGAUUGGGGCGAACCGGCUCGUCCUCUUCGAUAUCGACUGGAAUCCAAGUACCGACUUGCAGGCGAUGGCUCGAAUUCACCGUGACGGACAGAAAAAGGCCUGUCAUAUCUACCGACUGCUCACGAUGGGCGCUUUGGACGAGAAAAUCUACCAGAGACAGGUUACAAAGCUCGGCCUCGCAGAUAGCGUCAUGGACAAGAAGGAAACCGCAACAACCUUCACUCGGGAUGAGUUACGAGCCCUCUUCACACUUGACGAAAGUGGCACCUGUCGUACCCAUCAACUGCUUGAGUGCGGCUGCGAAGGGCGAGGAAGCACGGUUGCGGCAGAUCUGGAUGGUCUGAGCGCCGAGAUGCCUAUAAAUCUCGAAUCUGACGAUGACGAUGAUGACGAGCUUCCGGAUCUCCCGUCCCUUAUCAAGGCGUCACAGCUGAAUGUCGAAGCGCAGGAACUGAGGAUCAAGGAAUCAUCCAAAAGGCACCAUGCGGAAAAGUCACGGAUGAAGACGCUGAAUCAGUACUUGCAUUUUGACCCUUGUACUCUGGAUUCUUCUGAUCCCCCUGAUCUCACGACGGUGUUCGAGGACGAUGUCUUGGUGCGCUUGCUGGAAGAGCCUGGCUCGAGGAUUAAGUACAUUUUCUCCAAAACAUCGUCAUGAGUGUAUAGAUGGAUAGUCGCAUGAUGGUCAUGACCAGUGCUUGAUACAUAGAAUGCCUAAUGAAUCAUGCAUGUAUGCAUAGAUUUAGAUUCGUUAAUAAAUCCACGCCUAGCGCGUGAUAGGCGUGUCAAUCCGUACUUACGAGACUGUAAUCUA